ACCACCAUGGGCGCUGCCGCUCUGGCUGCCGCCCAGGCUGCCGCCAGCAAGCACACGACGCCGCUGCCGAGCCGCGGCAGCUCAACCACCCACCUGAACAUGAUGAACGGCUCGCACACAGACGAACCGCUGCACAAGAGUGUGUCCAGCGAGAGCCACCACAGCAACCCGAUGCGCGACGAGCACACUAUGCUGGUGGACGGCGACGAUGACAUCGAGGCCAAAUUAGUGAAGCGCGUCGAGAGCUCCAAGGAGCGUCUGGAGAUGCUUCUGAAGCUACUGGCCACCUGCCAGGAGUACUGGGCUGACCACGAUUACGUCAGUCUUUUGCGCAACAUGCUGGACUGGCCCGACGAGUGGACCACGUCCAUGCAGAUGCUCGAGCGCCUGCUGCUCGAGCUGCGCAUCGACUAGCCCCACACCCCUCACAAUUUGUUCAUACACCUUCUAUUUCUCGCAAGCCUCCCUAUGCUUCGUAAUAAACGCUUAAAAA